AUGAGCGGCUACAUUGUCGGCACGCCGCCCUUCUACCUCUCCGCCCACUCCGCGCACGCCAUGGUCUCCGACAUGCAGCCGACGGUCCUCCACCCGCAGACCCUCCUGCACGUCAAUCUCUUCCUGGACGAGAUGCUCUACACUGCCCUCGCUGGUGCCCAGUCUCUCAACCCCGCCGAAAUCCGUACCUCAGGUAUCAGUGCCGUCUUCUCCGCAGACAAGCCCGGCGAGUCGACAGCGAGCAAGAAUUUGGGACGGACGGUUGCUGGGGAGGCGGAGCUGGAGCUUCGGCCGUGGUUGGAACAGUAUGGAUCGCUGCGGUCUGUAUUUGGAAAGGAUGGGAAUGGGAUGAAGAGGGGAGGGGGUUUUGCGCUGCAAGAGGCGUUCGAGGUCAUGCGGGUCAAGUGCGAGGAGUUCUCGACGGUCGCUAGCCAUGAUAGCCCGAGGCGGAGCAUGGAGGUACAGCCUAUAGCGGCCUGGGAGGCUGUAGGAGGGGAUUCGAGCGAUAUCAAGCUGGAUGCGUGCGGACUGUACAUGACUGCCAUCAUCGAGAAUAUGGCGGAACAAAUCCUCACGGCUCUCGGCCGAGUUGUUAACCGCGACUCAGAUAACACCUCGGCGAGCCUCGAAGAUCUCCUGACGGCCCUGGCAGAGACCGACUCGCUCUGGGGUGUCUUCAAGCCCCGCAUAUCUCUCGAAGAAUCCAUCAAGUCCCGACAAAAGCGGUCGCACAAUCCGCGCACUGACCGACUCGCAGGCCGCGGAUCUCCUGGGACUACCACCCCAUACGCCGGCUCGCAGUCCUCCCUCCUCCCCUCUUCCUCCUCUGGAGCAGUGCACGGGCGGGAAACACCGUCCAACCAAAAAUCGUCCCUUCCACCCUCCUCGUUCGAUGCUCGGCCCUCGCACGACAUUCCACGCGGUAUCGCAGGCGGCGCGGGAAGUAUCCGCAAGUCCCCGUCUAUGCCUUCUGCAAAGUACCACCAGGGGAUCGGGAGUAGGGAGCAUCAGCGGACGCCGAGUGUCCUUUCGGCGAAUACGAGGAAUAUGUUGGGGGCGUAUAAUGACCAGACGGACGCGGGGAGCCAGACGGGCAGGUCGAAGCGCGAUGAAGAGGACGACUUUGAUGCGUUGAUGGCGAGUGGGGAGACUAUGAAGGUCAGCUUGACGCCGAGUCGGCUGAAGAACUUUGAGACCGCAAGGAAGAGCCAACCGUCCAGCCCUAGUCGGGCUGUUCUCGCAAAAGACAGGUCAUUCGCUGUCAGUCCACCUCGCGGAGACGACCUUCCUCCUCUUCUCCCCCGUGGCGGUACCCCCUCCAAAGAUACCCCGCCUCGACCACCUCGCUCCUCCUCCAUGCGUUCCCGAUCUGGUUCUAACUCGGCUUCGUCGAUCAACAAUGCGAAAUUGCAGGCUCGGAGCGGUUCCAUCAUCGCCGAGCAGGACACUGAAGUGGAGGAGCUGGCGGAUGAGCUGGACUCGCCCUUCCGGUCGAAGAAGCAAGCGAACAAGGAGAGCUUGUCGGAGCUUCUGGCGUCAACGGGGCCCAUACCGGGCUCGGCGUUUGAGAAUGGGGAUGGCGUGGUCAAGAGGACGGUACCCGCUGUCAUACUCGGUACGGCGCCACCCAAAUUCGACGACGAUGAACCUGCCUCGACCAAGGCGGAUUACGCCGCGUCAAACGAGGCAUCCAAGAUGUCGGUCAAUCGUCCGGGUCGACCGGUCGCUCCCGUCGCUGGCGAUGCUGCGCGGAAACGUACGCCCGCGAGGGAGAUGGCCGACUUUUUCAACGAGUCUCCCGCGCCACUUCCUGCCCCCGCGUCCGCUAUGCACACCAGGCAAGCCAAGUCCAUGUCGGUCGAACCCAAUCAAUCGUCCACUCGGAAGACGCCCGCGCAGGACAUGGCGGACUUCUUCAAUACGACCGCUCCUCCACCUUCCAAUAAUGCACAGCCAACGCGAUUCGGCGCGCCCGUCGAGAAUCUCGCACCUGCCCCGGCCAAGAAAGGGUUCAUGGGGUUCAUGUCCAAGAUCGGGGGUGGGGCCAAGACGAAGGAGAAGAAGGAAAUUUCGGACCCAAAGACCGAGAUACCCACUGCGGGCGGUCCAGGGUGGGUCGGAGUGAAGGGAUACAGGGCGGAGAAUGCGAGUCAGAGAGGCGAGAGGGGAAUAAGCGGGGGCGGGAACAUGGCCUCGUCGCCGCCUCCAGCCGUUGAGAAGCCGUUGACGCCCAUUGGAGGUGGCGCGAAGGCUAUCGCGGAGGCGUAUAGGGAGCAGCAAAGGAGGGAGAGUGAGGGAUCUCUUCCGGUGCUAGCGAAGGCGGAGUCGAGCUCGAAUAUAGCGGCUCAGCAACAGCGGGCGGCACCGGCGGCGGCGACAGCAGCACCAUUCGCUCUAGCUCCCAGCAUUCCUGCAUCGAGCUCCGCCCGCACCUCGACUCCACCGAUGACGACCCGGGCGUCCCAAGACAGCCUGUCUGCCACAUCGCAAGCCCGGGCCAUCGCCGGCUCGCCACCAUUGCCCGGCGGCGGUCUGACUCGGAAGACCUCCAUCCGGAAACCCGUACCGUAUGCGGACACGCCAGACGUCCCGCCUUCACUAUCACUCGUUACUCCGCAAGCUGCCAUCUAUUCGGGCCAGGGUCCGGCGAUCCCGCCCAUGUCGCCUAGUCGGAGGAAGCCGUCCACGGUGGACGAGGCGGAUGGGCUCGUGCCUGAUCAGCCGUACCCACAUGCUGUGGAGCAGGAGGACAAGGUGCAGACGCUCAGGGAGGAGAAGUCGAGUGAACACAUGAGCUUUGCGACUGCUCGCGAAGAGGCGGGGGAGGAGGCUUCGACGCCAAGGACAGCCCAGGGAGCAACAAUGGGCGAUCAUGCCGUCCCGGUGGGAUCGGGGGUCGCGCCCAGGGUGGUACAGGGUGUGUUGGUCGGCGGGGUCGCGGGCGGAUUGGUUGGAAAAGCGAUCGAUACGGUGCCGGAGGCGGCGGACGUGCGGUUGGGGACUGAUAUCGAGGGAGGGCGGGAGGAAGAUGAAGGGAUGGAUACUGUCCCGCAGGCGACGGCAGUACGGGACGGAGCGAAAUCCGCGAAGCUGGACGAAUCUGCUCCUUCCGACUCAACUACGGCGCCUCCAAUCCCCUCCGCCGCUGCCACCGAAAAGACACCCGCAGCUCAGGCCCCAUCAAUACCUCUCCAAGACCUCCUUCCCCUCCGCCACCUCCUCGACCAAGCCACGUCCGUCCGGGAAUGUCAGCUGCUCCUCUCCGCUAUCCUCAGCCAAUGGGGCGUACCUCCCUCGUCUCCCGGAGAAGCGCCGGCAGACCCAGAAAGCAGGAUCACGGCGUGGUUAUUGGCAGGAAGGGAAGGGCCCACGGGGGAUUUCAAGGCGCAGCAUGUGGGACGGCAGGCGACGGAGGCGAGCACGGAGACGACCGCGGUGGAUGUGCAAGCGGAGAAGCAAGGGGAUGCGGGUGGAAAGGCGGAAGGAGUGACUAUCAGUGGGAUUGUGGAGGAGGUCAAGCAGGCGGUGACUGCUGGUUUGGCAAGGGUGAUUUAG